UAAACGGACGGCGGCAGAGAAGGAGGCAUGCUGAUGCAUGGUUAUUGACGCGGUAAGCAAAUCUUCUUGUUGAGAUUUUUUAGUAAUUUAUUUAGUACAGUGAUCAGUGCACACAGCGUUUGCUUGUAAAAGACUUUUGAUCAAAAGAGUAUUACAUUGUUUUUGACCAGUAUUUUUAAAAACAAAAUAUUUAAUCAAAAUGUCGUCAGGGAAAUGCCAGAUCACCAAACCAGCUCCAUACUUCAGUGGAACUGCUGUUGCAAAUAAUGACUUCAAGGAAAUUAAUCUGUCUGAUUAUAAAGGAAAGUACCUGGUAUUUUUCUUCUACCCACUUGAUUUUACAUUUGUUUGCCCAACAGAGCUAAUUGCAUUUAGUGAUAGAGUCAGUGAAUUCAAAGACAUCAAUUGCGAAGUCAUUGCUUGUUCUUGUGAUUCUCACUUUAGUCAUCUUGCAUGGGUGAAUACACCAAGGAAAGAAGGUGGACUUGGUAAAAUGAACAUUCCUUUACUAGCAGAUAAAAACUGCUCGAUUGCCAAGGACUAUGGUGUAUACAUUGAAGAAGACGGUGUUUCAUUCAGGGGUUUAUUUAUCAUUGACGCCAAGGGAAUCUUGCGUCAGAUAACUAUUAAUGACCUACCUGUAGGACGAUCUGUUGAUGAGACACUACGACUUGUGAAAGCGUUCCAGUAUACAGAUAAACAUGGAGAAGUGUGCCCUGCCAACUGGAGACCUGGUGAUGAUACUAUUAAGCCAACUGUUAACCAGAGUAAAGAUUUCUUCAAGAAGCAAUAGUAGAAAAGCCAAAUUCGAGCCAUUUUCCAGAUACAGUUUGUUGUUUCAUGUAGUUUCAUAUUAUGGUGAUUGACAGUAAAUGUUGUUUGUCCUACAUUGUCCUAGACUCAAGUAGCUCCUUGUGUUGUAUAAAAGAAUCUCUUGUGUAGAUAUCUGUUUUAAAAACAUUUCCAUUGCAUUUAAGCCACUAUUACACUCUCAAGAGUCUAAAGGAAUACAGAAAUAAAAACAGUGCUAUUGAUGAUUGUAGUACAGUAUGUAUAUACCAUAGGCCUCUGUUAGAAUUGGUUGAUAGGCUUUAGCUGCUGUCGUCUUAGAACUGUUAAAAGAAGUAUUAUAAAUGAGUGUAAUUCUGUUUGAAAAGUUGAUUGAGGAGUGAUUUCAAAUUUUAUUACUGUACAUUUACUUUUUUUAUUUAAUUUUUAUAGUUAUUGUUGUAUCAUUAUUAUUGUGAGGCAUAUUGUAUUUCCAAACUUAACAUACACUUUACACCUAUCGUAAUAUUUUUAAAUAUUUAUAGUUUAUAUGAAAAAUACAAUAUUUAUGAGCCAUUUGUUACGAAAAAAAACUUAAAUCCUUAAAUUGAGCUCCAGUAUUUUAUUAUAACAUUCCGAAAAUAAACAUAUGAAUCUUAAAGUUAAUAUGAAGAUGGUGCAUACAUUUGAAGAACUGCCAAUGCAAUAUUAUAAAAUGAGUUUAUAGAUCUCCAUGUUCAGAAUGUGCAUAGCUCUGUAUAAAAAUGUGCUGAUGUUAUUAUUCCAUGUGCAUUGAAAUGGGUUACAUUGGCCAUAGUACUAUGUGCACUAACUAGCCACAAUAGUGUGCUAAAGCCAGGCACUCAAUACGCCUGUGGUCGUCGGCUGAUACAAUUCUAUGAAGAAUGCGAUGUUACGAUGAUUGCACAAUGGAUUGUUUUCAAUAACAAUCUGUUAAGACUGCCACUGACAAUAAGCAGACGGCAUCUUCUUUUUGUCUAGCGCUUACAGGGAUCGAAGUUGGAUUCAAAUGUCUUGUGACCUUCAUAUGAUGCAGAGAAGUGCUCGGAAUUAUGUUGUAUGCCUUUACCACUGACAUUCAUGUAGAGUUUGAAGUGUUUAUCCAGAAAGAUGUGUAAUGAAAAACGCCAAACUUAUUUUCCAGACCAUUUUAUCGAUGUGCACAUGUUGUUUAACUGCACAUGCACAAUUAUGUUUUGCACUGAGUUUCAUGUGGCUAUAGUUAUUUGUAGAAUACAUAUAGCGUAAACGUCAGUGUACCCACUGAGUUUCAUGUGGCUAUAGUUAUUUGUAGAAUACAUACAGCGUGAAAGUCAGUGUAUUUUGUGUUGGUACAGAAUGACAGAUUUAAUAGAAUUUUAAAAGUUUAGAUUGUAGCUGACAGAUAGACUUGGCCAAAGCUAAAAUUUUAUUUUACAAAAACAAGUGACAUAUGCCUAUAUAUGGCCAUAACAUGACCAUAAUAUAAGAACAUUAUGACUAUAUAUAGGCAUAUACAACAGUUUUAAUAAAAUUUGAGUUUGGAGAGAGCUUUAAUAGGCCUCUUGAAAUGUGUAGGCUCAGCUCUAGCUGAAAACAUGUGGAGAAAAUCCGGGCAUGUUAUGAGCUGUCACAAGGUGCUGACCACCAACUGACUUGAAAGCAACUUAGGCGACAUUUUUUUAUACCUUGUUUCGCGAACCCGCUGCCCUCAAAUAUUGAUAAUUUAGAAUAAAAAUAAAAUUUCAUUUUUUAAGAAUUAGCACACCCACCGCUGCAAAAAACUGGAAAUUCAAGUUUUUUAUUUUUAUUACACCCGUUGCUGCCUUAACAUAUUUCUUCCUAUUUAUGUAAAUUUAAAGCUUUUACCAUCCCAUUACUACACUUUUUACAUCCAACAUUUUAUUUUUGUUUUAUCCUCCGUUGAGAUGUUUUUGGCAAAGCUAUUUGCUAAACAAAAAACAAAGAAUUUUAUUUUUAUUUUCCACCCUGUCUCUUUAAACAAAUAAGUUCUCGAAACAAGGAAUAAAAAAAGGUUCACCUUACUGUACUUAAAUGUUCUUAGAAAUGUUUCACAGCCUUGGAUUAUGAUAAUGUAAUGUAAUAAUUGUUAUGCACAUAAUGCCCAGUGUAUUCCUAAUCAAAAGUUCUAAAACUUCUCUCAGAUAGACUAGACAAAAAAGGAUUGUCUCUUUUGGUAAUGGUAGCAAGAUGUAUGAUUUGUUGGAACCUGUAAGAGUUGUAAAAUUAAAAUGUUUGCUGCAGUAGAU